AUGGAUUUUCUCAAAUCUCUCGUCCUCAUUGUCCUUCUUCUCUCACCCAUUUCACUCUCAGAUGCUGGCUCCAUCGGAGUAAACUACGGCCGAAUCUCCGACGAACUCCCAUCCGCAUUCAAAGUAGUCCAGCUCCUAAAAUCCCAAGGAAUCGACCGGGUCAAAAUCUUCGACGCCGACCCGGCCGUUCUCAAAGCCUUAUCCGGAUCCGGAAUCCGGGUCACCGUAGAUCUCCCAAACGAGAUCCUCUUCUCCGCCGCCAAACGCCCUUCCUUCGCCGCCUCAUGGGUCAAACGCAAUGUAGCCGCUUACCAUCCCUCCACACAGAUCGAAUCAAUCGCCGUUGGAAACGAAGUCUUCGUCGACACACACAACACCACAAAGUUCCUAAUCCCGGCGAUGAGAAACAUCCACAAAGCCCUCGUCAGCUACAACCUCCACUCCUCCAUCAAAAUCUCUUCCCCGUUAGCUCUCUCCGCUCUCCAAAACUCUUACCCUUCCUCCUCCGGAUCCUUCCGCCCGGAGCUCGUCGAUCUCGUCAUUAAACCGAUGCUCGAUUUCCUCCGCGAAACCGGUUCGCGCCUCAUGAUCAACGUCUACCCGUUCUUCGCCUACGAAGGAAACUCCGAUGUGAUCCCUCUCGAUUACGCUCUGCUCAGAGAGAACCCGGGAAUGGUCGAUUCCGGCAACGGAUUGAGGUACUUCAACCUCUUCGACGCCCAGAUCGACGCCGUUUUCGCGGCCAUGUCGGCGUUGAAGUACGACGACAUCGAGAUCAUCGUGACGGAGACUGGAUGGCCGUCGAAGGGAGACGAGAACGAAGUCGGAGCAACAUUAGCAAACGCAGCGUCCUACAACGGGAACUUGAUCCGCCGGAUUUUAACCGGAGGCGGCACGCCGUUGCGUCCCAAAGCAGAUCUAACCGUUUACCUCUUCGCUCUCUUCAACGAGAACAAGAAAUUCGGGCCCACGUCGGAGAGAAACUACGGACUCUUCUUCCCCGACGAGAAGAAAGUCUACGACAUUCCGUUCACGCACGAAGGCUUGAAGCAUUACCGCGACGGCGGCGGUCAUAACGCUCCGACGACCGGGAAUCGACAGGUCGCGCCUCCGAUUAGCAGCGGAGGCGUGUCGAAGAGCUUGACGGGAAGCUCUUGGUGCGUGGCGAAUGGUGACGCCGGAGAGGAGCGUCUGCAGGGAGGUCUAGAUUACGCUUGCGGUGAAGGAGGAGCUGAUUGCCGUCCGAUUCAGAAAGGUGCCACGUGUUACAGUCCCGAUACGCUUGAAGCGCAUGCUUCGUUUGCUUUCAAUAGUUACUACCAGAAGAAAGGACGCGCCGGAGGUAGCUGUUACUUCGGCGGCGCCGCUUACGUCGUUAGCCAACCACCGAAGUACGGAAGAUGCGAGUUUCCGACAGGAUAUUGA